ACGCUAUCCACCUUCAUAAACUCUCCAACCAAAAUUUCAUCCCCAAAUCCAGAAGGACCAAGAGAACGAAAAUGGCGAUGUCCAUCUCUUCGCUCACCUCAUCCUUCUCUUCUUUAUCUUUCUCCUCACAAGUUUCUCAAAAACCCUACUCCAUCUCUCUCGCUCCCUCCUCAAAAUCACUUCGCUUAUCUCAAUUUUCCACAAACAAACCCCAAUCUCUUACCAUACUUGCCACUGUCGCCGCCGAGCCUCUCACCGGAGAUUUGGAGACUACGAACAUCGAGAAGUACGUCAAAUCGAGACUCCCCGGUGGCUUCGCUGCCCAGACGCUGAUUGGCACCGGUCGCCGGAAAUGUGCCAUUGCGCGGGUUGUCAUUCAGGAAGGAACUGGAAAAUUCAUAAUCAAUUACCGUGAUGCACAGGAAUAUCUUCAAGGGAAUCCUUUGUGGCUUCAAUACAUCAAAGUGCCUUUAGCAACAUUGGGAUACGAGACAAGUUAUGAUGUGUUUGUGAAGGCACAUGGAGGUGGUCUAUCAGGGCAGGCACAAGCAAUCUCUUUGGGCAUUGCCCGGGCGCUUCUGAAAGUGAGUGAAGACCACAGAAAGCCUCUGAGGAAGGAAGGUCUGCUUACUAGAGAUGCAAGAAGAGUUGAAAGGAAGAAAGCUGGUCUCCAUAAAGCACGAAAAGCCCCACAAUUCUCCAAACGUUGAGGGGCGUUUUCGACAUUUACUCCAAUCAAUGUUUUGUUAUAAAUCUUUUGUUGCAUUCGGAUAUUUUGGGUCUUGUCAAAUACUGGUUUGUAGGGUAGUUUUGUUAUAAAUUGUACCUCCUAUCAAUUUAAAACCAUGGCUAGAGUUAUUGAUCAAACUUGCUGAUUUUCUAUCAAUGAGAGGGUUUUAAGCCUGUGCUUUGUGGCGAGAUGGAUCAUUUCUGUAAUUUUGUCUUGAAUGCAAGGACCAUUUCUGUAA